AUGAUCAAUGUAACGUCAUUCUCUCGGCUUUAUAGCCUGUUAUUGCUGGUCCUCUUCCAAGUCAGCCUUCUCACCGCGUCUCCCACAUCGCCAGCGCUCCCUGCCCCGGACGAGAUCAGCCUCUCUAAGCGCGCGGGCCAAUUCCCCAAUUUUCCAAGCGACUAUGAAGGCCGCGUCAAGAAGGGCGCGUACCUUCGGGCUCUCAUGCCGCUGAACAAUGCGCAAGCUGCACAGGCGAACGGCGGCGUUUCUGUGGCGAGCCCGUUCCAGGACCCAAACGCUGCGGCACGGUGGGGAUGGACUCUUCAGACAUCAUGGUACCCCUUUAAAGACGGUCUGAAGCCGCUGCAUACGAAGUAUCUCAAAGAAGCAUUCAAGGACACAGCGUUUCCGGUUGAUGAGAAGCAGUCUGGCGUGUAUUAUCAUUAUCAUAAUAAGGAUUUUGCGCAGGCGAAUGGUAAGAAGGGGGAGCCAACUAAAGCUGUCUAUAGCAACGUCGUCAACCCUUCCGCCAGCGCCUUCAUUUUUGACGAAAAUAUGAGCCCUAGACACGUAGUCAAAGAAUACGGCGUCGGAACUGUGCCCGAUCUGGAUACAUUGUCUGACUUUGCCUUUUUCCAGUGGCUCGAGGGGUGCCAGUACAAAAGGCUUGAUCCCAAAAACCUCAAGGUGGUCUUCCGGACGCACAUCACGUACGGCCCGACGUUCAAAAUUGUCGUGGAUGCGCUCAAGGAGGCGGGGUACAAGCGCGUCCCGGGGUAA